AUGGACUCCAUGUUCGAGGACGAACAGGAGGCUCUGGGGCCGGAUGAGGACUGGCUGGACAGUCCCAACACCGACCUCUCGGGUGAGAUGUGCUCAGCUUCCCACUUCGCCCUCAUCACCGCCUACGAUGACAUCAAGAACCGGCUGACGGGGCUGGAGAGGGAGAACUCCACGCUCAAGCGCCGGCUCAAGAUGUACGAGGUCAAGUACCCCCUGAUCGGUGAAUUUGGGGAGGAGCACAUCUUCUCCCUCUACGAGGCCAAGGAGACGUCGCUGCUCAAGAGCGAGAAGGCAUCACUGCAGCAGCAGCUCAACCAGUUCCAGCAUGAGCUGCAGAAGAGCAAAGAGCGGGAGGAGCAGCUGGAGGAGAUGAUCCAGGCCUAUGAGAAGCUGUGUGUGGAGAAGGCUGACCUGGAGACUGAGCUUGGAGAGAUGCGGGCGCUGGUGGAGACGCACCUGAGCCGC